AUGAACCUUAAUAGGCCUAUCAUACUCUCCUUACUGAUCAUCUUCAUCUCGUCUUCCAACUCACUGGACAUUUGCGGCUCUCCAUUCCACGAUGUCGUUUCGAAAUCUCACCUGGCCGAUGUUGUUGUCAGCGGGAAAAUGAUGGUGAGAAUAGAAUCAAAACUCUCUUCGUCUAAGUGGCAUUACGCAAUCAAGUUCAACGUUGAUGAAAUCAUCAAAGGCACCAACCAGACCUCAAAAGAAAUUUCAGAAAACCAACAAAUCACCAUCGAAACAUUUUCCGAUGAAGUUGAAGACCCCGUAGAAUGUUUUUACAAGGACAUUCAUCCCACCCUAAAUUACAUCAUGUUCCUAAGGGCUCCAAACUCGACCCUACCCUCGGCCUCACUAUACAGACUAAACUCAUUUCCAGUUUUGAAGGCUGAAAACGUGACUGAGCAGAUAAGGAAUGGGAUUUGUGAGAACUGCACUGAUGCUCCAACUGCAAUGAUGGCUGAAAAUUCCAACGUGAUAGAGAUUGGAUGGGGAAGAACUUCGAAGCUGGAUUGCAAGUUUGCCGGCCGCCCCACACCUGUCAUCACUUGGUACCGCAACAACGAAACCAUCACAAACAAUCGUAAAUUCAACAUUAUAGUCAACGAAGAUUCUUCGAGGUUGGAACUUAUCAGGAUAGUUACCAGGUACGCCGGUAGGUACACCUGUGUGGCUGAGAACGUGGCUGGCAGAUGUGAUGGGCUAUAUUUCUACGGACCGAGAUGCAGUCUGUCGACCGGAGAAGGCGAGUUGAAAGAGAAAGAAAAAGCAGGGCAGCACAGUUUCAGGGACGUCAUGAUGAUAUUGUCAGCUGUCAUUGUUGGCAUCAUCUUUCUGGCCGUUCUCAUCACCUCUAUAUACUUCUGCAACCAGAUGAUGUGCCUGCCAGAACUCAGAAACUACCCAACUCCACCUGAUUUUUGUGGAGGUAGGCACGAUGCGAUGUGA